GGUUUUGUGCGUGGCGAACCACUAAUGCACAGCUGUGAUAUUUCUCCAAAGGUCGCCCAAGACACACAGAUUGGCAUCAGGCUGAUGAAGAGUGACAUUUUGAAGGAUGUUCAGGUGUCCCAGAGCUGCUGUUUCCUGCGCCACCUGCUGCGUUUCUACGUGGAGCGCGUGUUUGGGAGCCCCUCCGCCAGCCACAUGCUGCAGCAGAGGAGCACAGGGGUGCUGGCCAACGCCUUCCUCAGCAUCAAGAAGGACCUGCGCCAGUGUCAUGAUCAGAUGCACUGCCAGUGUGGAGAGCAGAGCAGAUUAAAGAUGGAGGCCAUCCUCGCCAGUUUUGACAAGUUGGAGCCCCAGGCUGCUGCAGUGAAGGCGGUGGGAGAGCUGGGUGCGGUGUUGGAGUGGCUGGAAUCCUUCCACACCAGCAGAGACGCUCCCUUGGAGGCCAUGCACGGCUAGGACCAGUCCCAAUGUCACGCCACACCACGCCACGCCACGCCACGCUACACCACACCACGCUACACCACACC